AUGAUUACUACGAAAACUGAUACUCACAUUAAAAUCAGAGUUGUUCACACACCAGGAAUGCCACCAUCUAAAAUUAGAGACAAAGAAUAUACGUGGGAGGAGGUGAAGGAGAUUGUUGGAGAGAAUAGACUCGAAAAAUUUGCCCGGUCGUUGCAGCAGACGGAAAACUACCAUAGCUUUAAAGCACAGCUCCAGAAAAACCAUACUACGAUUUUCAAGCACUUGUUGAGCAACGAGUUGAAAUGGUACGAUCCUAAGGAGAAUGGAGGUAUGAGCUGGGAUGAGGUUAUUCGAAAUGCGGUUCCCGACAACCAGAUAGUCAUUAGUCCUGCUAGCUACAAGUUAUUUACCCACAAAGAUGACUUGAAAAUCGUACCCAACCACUUUCCGUACUAUUUUGAGGACGAUGUGAUGCACAUGUGUGUGUGGACAAAGUUGCGGAUCGAGCCGGACGAGACGUCACCCAUCGGGGACAUUUCGCCUGCCACGAGAGAAAUCAUCGAAAAAUACGUCUGCAAGACGUUUGUGGAUGGGAUGGGCAUCGACCGCAAGAACAUCGUGUGGUUUAAGAAUUGGGAGGCGUUGCAGUCGGUGAAGACAAUCUCGCAUCUCCAUGUGCUUGUGAAGGGGAUGACAGAAACGCAGGUGGAACUGGUGUUGUACCAGCCAGGUGAGGUGUUGACCCGAGCGAUAUGA